UCUUCCCCAUCAGCCAUUUUCUUUUUUUCCAAAUUGAAACUUUUUCACAUCCCCCCCCACCAUUUUCCUUCCCGCCAUACCUCUCAAGCUCACAAAUUUGAGCGCAAUGGGUACUGGCAAGAAGGAAAGAAACCGGCUGGCCCGGCAGGGCAAGUCCGGUACGGGAAUGGACAAUAUCAAAGUCAAAGGAGAGAACUUCUAUCGCUCUGCGAAAAAGGUUAAAGCCUUGAACAUACGGAAAGACGAUGGAAAGCCCGUGCGAAAUGCUGAUGGCAAGAUUAUCCAAGCUGCCAAGUUCCAGUCUAGAGAAACACCGUCUGCUCGCGUCGAACCUAAUAGGAAGUGGUUUACCAAUACUCGAGUCAUUUCUCAGGAUUCCCUCACGGCGUUCCGUGAUGCCAUGGCUGAGAAGGCGAAGGAUCCCUACCAAGUUCUGCUGAAGACAAACAAGCUUCCCAUGAGUCUAAUUAGAGAUAAUUCCGACACAAAGAAUGGUCUGAAGCAGCACAAGGCUAAAAUGACUAUCGAGAGCUCGCCGUUCGCUGAUGCUUUCGGUCCCAAAUCUCAGCGCAAGAGAGUCAAAUUGAGCGUAGCCAAUUUGGAAGACCUGGCUGAAGACACCGAAAAGAGCAUGGAUGCUUACAAGGACCAUCUCGAACAAUUGAAACUAUUAAGCGGAAAUUCGGGAGUUGAUCUUGAAGGGCCUAGCGAGGGUCAACGCGAAAGCGAAGACGCCCUCACUCUGGCUAUCGAGCCGAUUUUCAGCAAGGGAACUAGUAAGCGUAUAUGGAAUGAGUUAUACAAAGUUCUUGAUGCUUCCGAUGUCGUUAUCCACGUGUUGGAUGCCCGCGAUCCUUUAGGAACUCGAUGCCGUAGUGUCGAGAAAUACCUAAGAGAAGAAGCACCCCAUAAACAUCUUAUUUUCGUCUUAAACAAGACCGACCUGAUACCCACGAGCGUAGCUGCUGCCUGGGUCCGAAAUCUGUCUACUGAGUAUCCUACCCUCGCUUUUCACUCAAGCGUCACCAACCCAUUUGGUAAAGGAUCCCUCAUCCAGCUUCUCCGACAAUUCUCGCAAUUGCACAAGGACCGAAAGCAGGUAUCAGUUGGGUUAAUAGGUUACCCUAACGUGGGCAAGUCCUCUAUCAUCAACACUCUACGCGGAAAGAAGGUUGCUCAAGUAGCUCCCAUCCCCGGUGAGACUAAGGUCUGGCAAUAUGUUACUCUGAUGAAACGGAUAUACCUUAUUGAUUGUCCUGGUGUGGUUCCUCCUAACCAGCAUGACACCCCUCAGGAUAUCCUGCUUCGCGGUGUGGUUCGAGUCGAGAUGGUAGAAAAUCCCGAACAGUACAUUCCUGCAUUAAUGGCCAAGGUCAAGCAACACCAUAUGGAGCGAACCUAUGAAAUAAAGGGUUGGAAGGAUCAUAUCCAUUUCUUGGAACUCCUUGCUCGAAAGGCAGGUCGUCUGUUGAAGGCUGGUGAGCCGGAUGUCGACGGAGUUGCCAAGAUGGUCAUAACCGACUUCAUGAGGGGUAAAAUCCCCUGGUUUACUCCGGCGCCUGUCGUGGAAGGGGAUGAAGGGAAGGGCAUCGAAGGUCGCCAGGGUAGACUCGGAGAAAUGCCGAAGAAACGGAAGAGGGAUGAUUUGGAGAGCGUCCCAGAUACAACUGUAGCCGCAUCGGCCACAUCCGUCGGAGAGAAGGAAAGUGUGAGCGAGGGCGAAGACUUCGAAGGUUUCAGCAGUGAUGAUGACGAAUCGUCAGAGGAUGAGGCUGCGGCCAUCCGUGAAGAUGAGGAAGACGAUAUGAUACCCCUGGAUGAACUGAGUGAUAUUGACGAUAGCGACGGUAGCGAGGACGAUGGAUGAAUAAUCGUUUCUACUCCUUAGAAACAAUCAAUAUGCCUAAGUUAUCUCGUCGGGCCAAGGCAUACCUACCGUAGCCAGCCCGUUUAUGCCUGGGUGUCGUCUAAAUGGGAGUGGAUUGGUCGUUGUGUAGGCGAAGCGCAUAUAUAUGCGUGUCGUCUAGCUGCAACUAGCUCUAUCGGAGGCACAGCAGACGGAAGAGAUCUCCUAUGUCUUCUAGACAUUCAACAGCCGGCGUCACACAACUACCUGAGGUUACAUCGAAACCAGGCUAGUCCUAUAUCAGGAUGCUGUCAGACAUAGAUUCCAAAGGCCUCGAAUCUAGCCUGACGUGAGAGCUCACAAGCUGCCGUCAAGAUGGCGCAUCAAGUAAAUAGUCCGUACCUACCUUGGGUUAAUAUUCCGAGGGAUGCAAGGACUCUACAGCA